AUGAGCAGCAUUCUUGAUCAAACUCCUGUGGCGGAGGAGCGCGGUGCUACCGGUGGCAUGGCCAAAGGCCCCCCGGACCGUUACCAGAUUGUCGAAAAGGCACUGGGAGAGGCGCGUGAUUUGCGAAUUAUCACUGUGGGUGCAGGUGCUUCAGGUUUGAAUCUCGCCUACCAGAUCGACAAGCACAUGCAGCAAGUCACACACGUCGUUUACGAAAAGAACCCUGAAGUGGGAGGUACCUGGUACGAGAACAAGUAUCCUGGAUGUGCUUGUGAUAUCCCGUCUCACAAUUAUCAAUUUUCGUGGGAGCCUAAUCCAGAAUGGACUAAUUUUUACUCUUCUGCACCCGAGAUCUUGGAGUAUUUCAAAAAGCUAGCAACAAAGUACGAGCUAUACCGAUUCAUUAAGCUCGGCCACAAGGUCAUCCACGCCGCGUGGGAUGGAGAGCAAGCGAUUUGGAACGUGAAGAUUGAGAAUGUAAGCGACGGGUCUGUCAUUGACGACUGGUGUCAUUUCCUCAUCAGUGGCUCCGGAAUUCUUAACAAUUGGAAGUGGCCAGACAUCCCUGGACUCGACUCCUUUAGAGGCCAACUUCUUCACAGCGCGGCAUGGGACCCAUCGGCAGACUGGCGAGGAAAGUCUGUGGCCGUACUUGGCUGUGGAUCGUCUGGGAUUCAGAUUAUUCCCACGAUACAACCCGGUAUUGCGAAUUAUUUCUGGCGCUACAGCAUGGGGUCGAUCGCUGACCGAUCAUUAGAUGUAAAGAAGCUGAUCACCUUUAUCCGAACACCAACCUGGAUCACCGCCGGCUUUGCCCAGAGCAAAGCAGGCCCAGGUGGAGCAAACUUUGCCUUCUCGGAGGAACAAAAGCAGACCUUUAGAGCGGACCCGAAAGCCUAUAUGGACUACCGUAAAGACAUCGAAUCGGAGCUAAACUCUCGAUUUAAAUUUCCACCUCAGAUUAUCAAGGAUAGUCCAGAACAGGAGGAAGCAGUUAGAUUCACCGUCAAUGGGAUGAAGGAGAAACUGGGAAAAGACUCCCCGCUACUAAAGCAUAUGCUACCAACCUUUGCCGUCGGCUGCCGACGUCCCACGCCAGGGAAUGGAUACCUGGAGGCGCUCACUAAAGAAAAUGUUCGGGUGGUGACAGACACCAUCUCGGAAAUUGUCCCAGAGGGCAUCAAGACCUCCACCGGAGACAUCUUGAAAGUUGACAUGUUGAUAUGUGCCACGGGGUUCGACAUAUCAUUUUGCCCCAGAUAUCCAGUGAUUGGACAAGACGGUAUUUUACUUGGGGACCAGUGGAAAGACAAACCAGAGGCUUAUUUGUCUCUCGCUGUUCCAAACUUCCCGAACCACUUUAUGUUCCUUGGACCAAACGCCCCGAUAGGACACGGAUCCGUACUACCCAUUGUAGAGCACGCUGCCAAGUACAUCAUUCAGAUGCUUUAUAAAUGCCAGACAGAAGGCAUCAAAUCCGUUGCACCUAAACAGGAGGCUGUAGCGGAUUUCGCUGAGCAUAUCGACGUCUUCAUGAAGCGCACUGCCUGGAGUACGCACUGUCGAUCGUGGUUCAAGAAUGGAAAAGUUGAUGGGCCAGUCGUUGCCUUGCACCCGGGUAGCAGAAUACACUGGUUCCAUAUGCUUGAGAAGCCGCGCUUCGAGGACUUUGACUGGCAGACCUUUGGUAAAAAUCGCUUUGCCUAUCUCGGUAACGGUUUCUCGACUAAAGAGAAUCCUGGGCGCGAUACUACAUAUUAUUUUGAUAGUCCUUACGAAGGCUACAGGAGCAUUACGUAUUAA